GAGCGGCCAUCUAUUAAAAAACAUACCCUCGAAAAGUUCCCAUCACUUUCCACCGGCCUUUUACCCUCUCAGAGAAUUUAUAUGGCUGGAGUUGCUCCCGUAUCAGCUAAAGCCACCAAAUGCUCAGCAGCUCAUGAGAUCGCCUUGAAGUCGCUCAUCCAACUUCUCUUCCUCCUCCUCCUCCUCCUCCUGUUUGAUAAAAGAAAUUCUCAUGUUCAUGCCGCACGGAGCGUUGUUCUUCUUGCAUGCUACCUGAAAUCUUCUCCAAGCUCUCCUCUUAAAAUGAUGUAAGUCUACUCCCUUCAUACUCAUAUCUGGCACGGAUUUUGGAAUGGAGAACAUUCAGGAGAAUUCCAUUAUGCUUGUUUUAUCAGUAUUGAGCACUUUACUUAUAACUGCAUGUGGAGAUGCAUCCACGAAUUCUGAAGCACUUCUUCAAAUAAAAUCUGAAUUCAUCGACCUGGAAGGAGUUCUUUCUAAUUGGUCCUUCGGGGAUGGUGAUAUCUGUAGCUGGAAUGGUGUCACAUGUUUGGCAAGCCAGAACCAUGUCUCGGGUCUGAACUUGUCAGGCCAUGGGCUGUCUGGUUUGAUAUCAUCGAAGAUAGGAAGCCUGGUUUUCCUGCAAACUCUUGAUCUGUCUUCGAAUUCCCUCACCGGACCGAUCCCUCCUGAGAUCAGCUUGCUCAAGAACCUCAGGGAAUUGUUUCUGUACUCCAAUGCUCUCUCCGGCUCGAUCCCUCCGGAGCUUGGCCUUCUGAAGAAGCUCAAAAUUCUCAGAAUAGGGGACAACUUGCUAUCAGGAGAGAUUCCAUCCCAGCUUGGUGGCUGCACCCAACUAGAGAUUCUGGGUCUUGCAUCUUGCCGGUUGAAUGGAACUAUUCCGGAGGAGACGGGAAAUUUGAAGCAUUUGAAAUCGCUCAACUUGCAGAAUAACAGGCUUGGCGGUCUGAUCCCUCAAGAACUCGGUGGCUGCGGUGAACUUCAAGUCCUAUCAGCUGCUGACAACGGGCUGGAAGGAGAGAUUCCUUCUACCAUCGGAGGACUAAAUGCAUUGCAGACUCUCAAUCUGAUGAGUAACAAAUUGUCCGGAUCCAUCCCCGUCGAGCUUGGAAACCUUUCGAGCUUGACAUACCUCAAUCUGCUCGGCAACAGACUGAGCGGCACCAUUCCUCUUGAAUUGAAUCAACUGAGACAGCUGCAAAUUUUGGACUUGUCAAACAAUGAUCUAUCUGGAACCAUCGACAUCUCCACCGUGCAUCUCGACAGUCUGGAGUAUUUAGUCCUCUCUAAUAAUUUCCUCGAAGGUGGAAUCUCCAAGAACCUCUGUCCCGAGAGAACAAGUCUGCAGAAUCUCUUCCUCGCCGAAAACAAUCUCACAGGCACGAUCGAAGGACUCCUUAAUUGCACUUCGCUCCGAUCACUGGAUCUCUCAAACAACAGCCUGAGUGGAAAUAUACCAUCCCAUAUAGACCGCCUCGCCAACCUGGUAAACCUUGUUCUCCACAACAACAGCUUGGUAGGAGUGCUGCCACCCCAGAUAGGAAACAUGAGCAAUUUAGAAAUGCUAUCCGUCUUCCACAAUGGGCUCAUAGGCGACAUUCCAGCUGAAAUUGGGAAGCUGCGGAGGCUGACGCUCCUUUAUCUAUACGAGAACCAGAUGACAGGGCGCAUUCCGAGCGUGCUGACAAACUGUUCGAGCUUAGAAGAGAUCGAUUUCUUCGGGAACCACUUCAGGGGGCGGAUCCCUGAGACCAUGGGAAGGCUCGAGAACUUGGUCGUGCUUCAGUUGAGGCAGAAUGAACUGUCGGGCCCCAUUCCUCCAAGCUUGGGCUACUGCAGGAAGCUUCAGUCGUUGGCAUUGGCGGAUAACCAGCUCUCCGGGACUCUGCCUCACACCUUUGGAUUCCUCUCCGAACUCCGCCUCAUCACCCUGUACAACAACUCAUUCCAGGGACCUCUCCCGGAGUCGAUCUUCUCGCUGAGAAAUCUCACGAUCAUCAACUUCUCUCACAACAGGUUCACCGGAUGCAUCUCUCCCCUCCUGGGCUCGAGCUCUCUCGCCAAAAUGGACCUGACCAACAAUAGCUUCUCCGGCAGAAUUCCUUCGGCGCUCGGUGAGAAAAGGAACCUGACCCGUCUCCGACUCGGCCACAACCUCUUGAGCGGCGAGGUCCCAGCUGAAUUAGGCCGGCCCGAGGGGCUCGAAUUCCUGGAUCUAUCAUCCAACAAUCUCACAGGAGGAAUCCCAAUCGAGCUCUCACAAUGCAAGCAGCUGACCCACCUCCUCCUCGGCGGGAACAGGUUGACGGGCACGAUUCCUUCUUGGUUCGGAAGCUUGCGCUCUAUAGGAGAGCUCGACCUUUCAUCCAACGACUUCCACGGCGAAGUACCGGCAGAGCUCGGGAGCUGCACGGGGCUACUUAAGCUCUCUCUCCAUGACAACAAGCUCUCGGGUAUCAUCCCUCAGGAGCUGGGACGUCUCACUUCUCUGAAUGUUCUUGCUCUGCAGAGGAACAAUCUCUCGGGUCCGAUACCUUCCGCGCUCCAGCACUGCAACAAGCUCUACGAGCUACGGCUCUCGGAGAACUUCCUGACGGGCUCGAUACCGCCGGAGCUGGGACAGCUGACCGAGCUGCAAGUGAUACUGGAUUUAAGUCGAAACCAUCUAUCUGGAGGAAUCCCACCUUCACUCGGCCAGCUGAUCAAAUUGGAGAGACUGAAUCUCUCUUUCAAUCGACUCCAAGGGCCGAUACCUCCUUCCCUCGAUCGACUUACCAGUCUCCACCAACUGAAUCUAUCGAAUAAUCUUCUCCAGGGUCCGAUCCCUGCCGCACUGUCGAAUUUUCCAUCCAGCUCCUUUGUGGGCAAUCAACUCUGCGGCGCACCACUGGCUUCAUGCACGGGUCUGUCGGGCUCCGACAUGAAGCGCUUGUCGAAUGGCCAGGUGGCAGCAAUCACGGCGGCGAUAGUGUUCGUUUCGGCUGUGGUUUGUUUGGUGCUGUUAUAUAUAAUGAUCAGGAUGUGGAGCAAUUGGAGGGAAGCCUCUGUUUCAAACUCGGACGGUGAGGAGCAGGAGGCGAAUCAGGGGGACAAAUGGAUGGGAGAUGGCGACCAAAAGGUCGGAAAGUACUGGAAGGUCCACUCCAUGUGCGUGGCCGCAUCCCUGGAGGACAAACAGAGCUCUACAUCCGAGGCGUGCAUUCUUCAGCAGAUCAUGGAAGUGGGCACUGUGGAGAACUCGUUGGUGUGAGCCAAGUUGUUCGGUGGCAUCGGAUACGGUAGCUGUGCGUCUUUGAGAUCAUUUUCCUCUUUUGGUGAAUCCUUUUUUUUUAACUUUUUCUGUACAGAGAAUUUUGUUUUGAAAAGGGUCAAAAGAUCACAUGAUUGUGCUGGAUUCUGUAUGCUGAAAUUCUUUCAGUGAU